AUGUUCAGAAACAACUACGACAACGACUCGGUCACCUUCUCGCCACAGGGUCGUAUCUUUCAGGUCGAGUAUGCACAAGAGGCUGUCAAGCAGGGUUCAGUUGUUGUAGGCAUUGUCAGCAAGACACACGCAGUACUUGCAGCAAUCAAGCGAAAUGCCGAGGAGCUCUCUUCAUACCAGAAGAAGAUCAUCCCCGUGGAUUCCCACUUUGGUGUCGCCCUUGCUGGUCUCGCCUCCGAUGCCCGCGUUCUCUCCAACUUUAUGAAACAGCAAUCACUCGCAUCCCGCCUCACGUACGACCGCGCCAUUCCUCUCUCUGAAAUCACUUCGCGUAUUGCAGACCGUGCACAAACCAACACGCAGCAGUAUGGACGGAGACCUUACGGUGUUGGGUUGUUGAUUGCAGGUGUAGACGCAAAGGGACCUCACCUGUUUGAAUUCCAGCCCAGUGGUGUCACACAGGAGAUGAUCGCAUGCGGUAUUGGAGCCAGGAGUCAGAUGGCAAGGACAUACCUCGAGAGGCAUCUGGAUGAGUUCGAAGGCGCCAGCAGGGAGGAGUUGAUCAAGCACGCUCUGAGAUCACUGAAGGAGUCGCUAUCACAGGACAAGGAGCUAACAGUCGACAACACCAGCGUCGGUAUUGGUGGCAUUGGCGAGAACUUUGCGCUUUACGAGGGCCAGGAUCUUGCUGAGUGGCUAGACGCUACGUUCGAGAACAGAGAAGGCGGCGAUGACGCGGAGGGCGGCGAGGCUAUGGAGCUGUAG